UCACUAUAUGAAGUCUGUUGUUAGUUCUAGAGAAACAAGAAGUGAAUCGAACAAGAGUCGAAGAACUUUUGCCAGUACUGAAUGGAAUAAGAUUAUUCGAGAGACACUUUAUUUAGAGACUGUUUACAUUCCUUUGGACGCUACUUCUCAUAGUCCUGAUAUUAUAUUCCAAUUACAAUCUCCUGUGGAACCCAAAGUUCUUACUGUUGGAGUUGCAUGUAAAGGACGUUGGAAGUCGGAAGGAAUUGGCUGGUCAGAUAUUAUAGAUGAAGCCAAGAAAUUUUUAGAUCCUGUUUAUGAUCAAGUCUUAUCCAGUGCAGUGGAUUAUCAUCAUUGUAUGCUUAUUAUCGUUAGUACAAAGUUAUCAUUGAAUGUUUCUAAUGAGUUGGGUAAUCAGAGUCGUUGUUACUCCAGUGGAAUGUUUAUUGGAGGUGAUUCUUUCAAAGUACCUGAUAAUUGUGAACUUGUUAUUCUUUGUGAAAGAGAUGUCCAAAUGCUGAUUGACGAAGAAAUAUUGAGCGGACUUGAAAGAGCAUUUCAUGUUUCUCGUAGUCCUACUUUUUGGGAUUUUAGAUUAGAUUUACUUGUCAAUUUGCAAUAAUAUUGCAGAGUUGUAGCAAUGAUUCAAAAUGAAUAGACUAUACAUACAUACAUGUUGAUACAACUAGAACGAAAAAUAUCCUUUCUUGUCCAAAUACUUAGUAAAGUGGUUACCCAAAGA